CAGAGAGAGAGAAGCGAUUCACCCAGACGAAAGUCUAGGCCAAUGGAGGAUUACGAGAGGAACUUCGAGGAGGCCACACUGCCACACUUCCUCAAAGGCAUCUCUUCCGUGUUGUCUGUGCUGGAACUUGUGGUCAGUGCACCGUCCGAUGAACUCAGCAACUCCUUGUGCGAGGAGAUCAAGGGAAAGGCCAAGGUGGCACAGAGGGAGAUACUGGCUGCGGAGGAGGCCGCCAGCAACAUUGUCAGCCUCGUCGAUACAGGUUGUGAGGAGCUGACGUCUCAGCAGGGCAAGCUGAGCAAGAGGCAGGGAGAGCUGCAGGCCAGCCUCGCAUCUACACAGGAGCAGCUGGCGGAUUUGGCUGACCAGAGGAAGCAGGUCGAGGGUCAGGUCCAAAGUGCCACUGCAUGGCUCAGACAAGCAAAGCAGUCCCUGGCAACAGCCAGGGCCAAACUGGGAGAGAAGCAGACGGGGAGAGACAUAGGAAUUGGCCUGACUUUCGUUAUCCCAUGUAUUGGGAUCCCCAUGGCGGUGGCCUUUGAGAAGGAGCGCGUGUACAGGAAGUCAGAGGUGGAGGCAGCCUCGGAGGAGCUUUCCCAGGUGGUGGCGGGCAUCAAGAGGGACGAGGAGGACCUGGCCCGGAUCGCCAGGCAGAUCCCGGAGCUGGAGAAGGAAGUGGAGAAGGCGGCCGAGACCCUGAGCGGGUUGACAGGAGAGCUGCUGCAAAUCAAGCAGGCGCGCACUUCGCUGGCCGACACGCAAUGUAAACUCAGGAACUGCUCCCACUACCUGUCUACCCUUCAUGGACACAUGAAGGCACUGGAAGCUCAGAGCCGGAACCUGUACAGCUUGGGCCCGCUCGUACCCCUGAUAGUGGCGACCUGUGAGCAGGUUCAGCAGCAAGUGCCAGGAAACGAGUUCCUGCUGACUGCGACACAAGCCCACAUGGUCCUGCACGCUCUGGGAAACAUGCUACCCAGGCUGAAGGAAAGGAAGCAGGCACAGGCUUGAGGACUGCUUCUAUCAGAAUGUGUGAUAUCUUUCGAUGCUGAGAGGGCCUUUGAUCGGAUUGAAUGGAAUUACUUAUUUAAAACUUCAGAGAAAUUUAAUUUUGGGCCUGAUUUUAUCCAAUAGAUUAAAUUACUUUAUUUAUCCCCUUCUGCUCGAAUUCUUACUAAUUUUCAAAAUUCUAAAUCUUUUAAACUUCAACGUGGAACCAGACAAGGAUAUCCUUUGAGCCCUUUGCUCUUUGAUUUGGCCUUAGAACCUUUAUCUAUUUCUUUCUGAGAAUCUAGAGAUAUCUUUGGUAUCUCCAGAAGAGGUAUUAACCAUAAAGUUUCUCUAUAUGCUGAUGAUUUAUUACUUUUUAUAUCUAAUGUUGAAGCCUCCUUACCUCUUAUUGCUUUCUUUACUUUCUCGCUUUAGUCAUUUUUCAGGCUACAAACUGAACUUAUACAAGAGUUAAAUUUUUCCUCCGAAUAAUUUGGUACCAUUUGAUAUUAAUAUUCCUUUUAAAAUUGUAAGAAAUCAUUUUACCUAUUUGGGAGCGUCAAUUACUAAAAAUUAUAAGCAUUUAUUUAAAGAAAAUUUUUUUCCCUUAUUACACUAUGUGAAAAGGGUUUUAUCAAGUUGGUCUCCCCUUUCUAUAUCAUUGAUUGGCCGAAUUAAUGUUAUUAAAAUGAAUAUUUUACCUAAAUUUAUAUAUCUAUUUCAGGCUUUACCUGUUUUUAUUCCUAAAUCUUUCUUUGACUCUCUUGAGUCAAUUAUAUCUUCCUACAUACGGAAUAAUAAACAUCCUAGACUAAAUAAAGCUCACUUUCAGAAGGUUAAAAAGAAUGGAGGUUUAGCCUUACCUAAUUUUAGAUUUUAUUACUGGGCAGUCAAUAUACGAAAUCUUACGUUUUGGUUAUAUUACAUUAAUCGAGAGGCUUGUUCAGUAUGAGUCUCUUUGGAAAUUAACUCUGUUAAAAAAUUUUCUAUUAUUUCUCUGCUUGGUUCUCCACUUCCUUUCUCAUUAAUUAAACUAACAGAUAAUUUAGUAGUUAAACAUGCCUUGAAGAUUUGGUUACAAUUUAGAAAAUAUUUUGGUUUAUUGAGUUUUUCUUUGUCCAGUCCCAUUUUCUCUAAUUACUUUUUUAAACCUUCUAUGACUGUUGUGGUUUUUAAAGAGUGGGACAAAUUAGGUAUUACUUGUUUUCAAGAUCUGUUUGUCAGAGGAAACCUUUCUUCUUUUGAACAAUUGUCUACCAAGUAUAAUUUACCAAAAACUCAUUUUUUUAGAUAUUUACAAAUUAGAGAUUUUCUUCGAUCUCAAUUACAUUCUUUUCCUUUGUGUCCUGAUAAGAAUUUAUUAGAUGUAAUUUUUAAGUUGGAAACCUUUCAGGAUGGUUCAAUAUCUAAUAUUUAUGACAGAUUACUAGGAAUGAGAAGGUGCCACUAGAUAAAAUUAAAAACGCUUGGGAACAAGAUUUGCAGAUGUCAAUUUCCGAGGAAACUUGGAAUGAAAUUUUCAAGUUGGUUAAUACUUCGUCAUUAUAUGCUCGUCACUCUCUCCUUCAAUUUAAAGUGGUCCAUAGAGCUCACUUGUCUAAAGAUAAACUAUCCCGUUUUUAUUCUGAUAUAUCUCCUUACUGUGAUAAAUGCAGUAACGGAGUGGCUUCCUUAAUUCACAUGUUUUGGACUUGUCAGGUCUUAUAAAACAUUGGACAGAGGUCUUUCAUACUUUUUCUGUACUUUUUAAAAUAAAUUUUAAACUUAAUCCUUUGACUGCACUAUUUGGGAUUGUUGGAGAAAAAGAUAUAACUUUGAAGGCUUCUGAUUUACAUAUUCUGGCUUUUAUUUCUCUUAUAGCCAGGAGAGCAGUAUUGCUUAAAUGGAAGGAAGCUACUCCACCUAUGCAUGCACAAUGGUUGCCGGAUGUUAUGUCAUACUUGAAUCUAGAGAAGAUUCACUGUUCAGUUUUUGAACCUAACCUAGACUUUCAAACCCCGUGGGGACCUUUUCUGAAUUAUUUUCAAAAUCUCUGAUUUGGGGACUAAAAGGCAGACAUUGGCUGACUCUGUUAUGUUUUUUAAGGUUUUUCCUUGCUGUUUCUAUCUAACAGAUUCGGGUCUUGGUAGUGGGGGUAGAUUUUUUUUUGUAAUAAAAUAUUUCAAUUUUUUUCUUUCCUUAUUAGCUAACUACUAUAUGUGAUUAUUGAUUUAGAGUAUUGUAAUCCUAAGUAUGACUUAUUACAAUGUAUUCAGUAGUAUUUUUACUUUCU